ACUCUCGCGAUGUUAGGUACGCGGGGUGUAGCCUCAAACGGGCGCCGUUCAUACGGCUGGGUAACCGGGAUGUGUCAGACAGCGUAAACCGGCGACGCGGCUUGUAAACUUAGGACAGGACGCCUUCGGAGACGGAAUGGCAGCUCCGCGACCAAUUAAAGGCAUUUUGAAAAACAAAAACAGCGCUACGAACGUCAAAACAGGACCCGAAGUGCCGCCACUGGAUAGCCCGGAGCGGGCGGCACUCGGUCCACUCGAAGAUGAUCAGCAAAAGAAGUCACAGAAAUGGGACGAAAUGAAUAUUCUGGCAACCUAUCACCCUGCGGAUAAGGACUAUGGGUUAAUGAAGAUUGAUGAGCCCAGCACACCGUAUAACAGGAUGGUGGGGGAAGAGGAUGACGAAGGAGCACUGAGCGACUCUGAAACAAACGCAGCCCUCCAAGCAGAUGACCUAGUUAAGAAGCUGGCAGCGGCAGAAGGAUCGGAACCACGCUUCCUGAGAGAGAAGGAGGAGGAGAGCAGUGAGGAGGAGGAGGAAGAGCUUACCCCGGAGGAGCAAGAAAAAAAGAAACAAUUUCGGAUGAUGAGAAAAAUGCACUACAAUGAAGGCCUGAACAUUAAACUGGCCAGGCAACUUAUCGCCAGCGAGUUGGAAGAGGAGGAGGAGGAUGAAGAUGAGGAAAUGAAAGAUGACACAGAGCCUGAAGACAUCAAUGUAGACCCCCCACAAGAUACUGACAGUUUAGAGUCCUAGAAGAUGGCUUGCUCUGCUGUGUCCUGAACUCAGCUUUGUGAAAUAUUAAGACACCAGUAGUUGCUUCAAAGCUGGUCAAAGAACACACCGCCUCACAACCCUGCCAUCUGCGUUUUGUUUUCAUGAAUAACCGUCAAGUGAAAGCAUAUCGACCUGACUGGUAUUUCUUCCGUUGCCAAGAGUGAUCCCCGUAUUGUCAGGAAAUGUGAAACCUGAUGACCUAUAGUGGACUUCAUCAGCAAUUGUUUCUCCUUGCCUUUUGAAGACCUCGUCCUAGAGCUGCUCGGCAAGGCCAAGCAAACCAACAAACUGGGGGGUUGGGUGUUCAUUAUUUUUCAUUUUUUUCUUUUCUUUUCUUGAUGCCUACUCUAAAACCAUCAGAACCACCAUUUGUGACUUUUUUCCAACUGAGAUAUUCUUUGUGUGUUUAGAUAAGCUUUCUUCAUUACUCUUUCUUUAAUGAGAUUCAUUUUUAUUCUUUAUUUUCAUUGUAAACAGGCCACUUCUUAAAAUUUGCAGGCCAAAACCUCUUGGAAAAAUAAUAAAUCAUCAUUUUAUUUCUCCAUUUAAUGCUCUUUUUUUAAAACUAGCUUGAUGCACUGAAGUACAAAGAACCGCUAUUCUGCAGUUUUUCAUAAAUUAUGUAGGCUUGAUCUACUUUUGAAUAUUUACGUUUUCGUAAAUGUACUUUAAAAACAAAUUGACCAUUGCUACAAAAAAAGCUAUGUUCCAUUUAAAAAUGUCCCGUAGAAACCCUGUAACUUCCAUCAUCCCCCCAAAGGGUGGCCAUAAUUUCCAGUGUUUUACACUGAAUCAAUGCUAUGUUAGCUUUCCAAAUUUAUGAGAAGGCAUUAGGGACUUGCACCCCGAAAUUGCUUGAACUACUGAUGAGACUGAAUUUUGUGAAAUGUUGAAAUGCUACUAGUAUUGUUUUUCUGUAAAUUGUUUACUUUAAUAAUUAUUUUCAAUGAAAGAUUGUAUUUGCUUAAGGGGAGUUUGCAUAAGUUUGCCAUUCACCUUGUUCAGGAUACAUUUGUUUUAUAAAUGGUCUCCUUUUGGAGUCUUCAUGUCCUUUCUUAUUUUGUAGCCAAAGUUCAGUUUUUUUUUCACAGAUCAACAGAAAUUAUAAAGGUGCAGUCGGCCCUAGGUAUCCACGGGGAUUAGUUCCAAGGUCUCCUCCAGAUAACAAAAUCUCCGGAAGUUCAAGUCUCUAAAAUAGUGUAGUAUUUGCAAAUAACCUACACACAUCUUCCCAUAUACUUUGAAUCAUCCCUAGAUUACUUGUAAUGCUUAACACAAUGUAAACAGUUGUUAUACCACCAUAAUACAUAUAGAAAAUAUAAAGAGGAAGUAUAAAUUAAUUUGCUCUCUCUCUCAUUCACACACACACACACACACACACACGUCAUCACUCACUAACAACACCAAAAACUACACAUCGCCUCAUUUGCGUAGAUUUAGCGUAGUGCUCUGCGCAUAGCAAAUUCAAGUUUUGCUUUGAAACUUCCUGGAAUUUUUUUUUUUCCUAAAUAUUUUUGGUUUGCAGCUGGUUGAAUCCAUGGAUGCAGAUCCUGUGAAUAUGGAGGGCCAACUGUACACUUAGGAGAAGAUAAAACAUGCAGGAAUUUUAAGUUCUCAUCUUUCAAAGUCAGUGACUAAUCACUUUUAUGUACACAAAAACCAGGAGCGGGACCUCAUAGGAUGUGAAGUUUAGAAUGCUGCAAUGGUUGUGUGCAGAUGGAAGGAAUUUUGAAUUGUUAGUUUUAAAGAGGAUAUCUUUAGGUUAAAACCCUAAGUAAUGUUACCUAGAUGGAACAUAAAAAUGCUUGCAAUCAUUGUGUAGUUACAUGUAUCCUUAUACCUGUAUACAUGUAUCCUUAUACCUGACGUUACCAGAACGUCUGGAGUGGUGCAGCCAUUGCAUGUUAGCAAAGUCGUACCUUUAACAGCAACCUCAGGACAAUGAUGAGUCCAUAAGUUCAGAAAAAUCUAAAUAAAUUUAAUAUCCCUGACCAAGUGCAAUAGACAUAAUUAUCAAAAAAUUAACAAAGGAAUAUUUAACCCCCCCCCCAUGGCAUUCAGUAGACAUAAGUUUGCCUUGCUUUGUUUGACCCCAGGAUGUAUUUUCUUCUCUCUAGAAAGUUUAAUGAUUACCUUGUGGUCCUGUUUUCUAAAAUGAUUGAGAUAUUUAUCGCUAUUUUCGCUUGUUAAUUUGGCAUGUUCCUAAACUAUAGGAUGUGUGUUUUUUGUCUCCAUUAAUAAAAGUGUCAUAAAAUGGC